CGGCGCCGAGAGCACAGCGAGGCGGGUGGAGUUGCUGUGGAGGCGAGUGGCGGUCGGGGCUGCCUGGGGGUUUUGGGAUCAUCCCGUCGGAGCCGGUGGUCCCUUUCGGAGCGGGAGCGGGAGCGGGGACGUGGCAAGUAGGGAAAGGCCUGGCCUAGCCUCGGCCUUCCCUCCUGCGUUAAAGCCCCGCGGGAGGGUAGGGGAGGCCCCGGUGCGGGAUUGGGGCGGGCCGGAGUGCCUGCGGCUGAGGAAGGCCGGCUGGCCGUCCUCCUCCGUGGGCGCUGCGGGACGUGAAGCAGCGGGUUUGCCUCUCACAGAGCAUGGAUUCUCAGAAGGAUGUUCAGCCUCCAAAGCAGCAGCCAAUGAUUUACAUUUGUGGAGAAUGUCAUACGGAAAAUGAAAUAAAGGCAAGAGAUCCCAUCAGAUGCAGAGAAUGUGGCUACAGAAUAAUGUACAAGAAAAGGACAAAAAGAUUGGUGGUUUUUGAUGCCCGAUGAUGUCUGCUGAAGAUACAGUGACUUCAUGAUGCAGUUUAAUCUUUCUUAAUCUUAACUUUGCUCUGUAAAUUUAUUCAUGUACAAAUGCACACUUAUUUGUGUUUUAAGAGAUUGAAAUAUUAAAGUUUACUGUGAUACUAAAUUUUGUCUAUAUUGUCUUCCAGCAAUAGAUUUCUAAAGCUGUCCUUUAAAUUGUAGUUGGAGUAUGCGGUAGUCUUUUUAAGUUCAGUGGUAUCGUGUUCUUUUUGAGUUAACCUUGUUUACAUUACUCUCAUCUAAACUUUAUUUGCAUUUUAACUUCUGUUACAUAUUCUCUGGACUCCUGUGGACUCCAUAAAAUAACCGUGGUUUGAAUAAAUUCCACCAAAAAUAAGUAAGUUACAUAGGCCAGGUCUGAAAUGCAAAUCUGCAUUUCAAAAGAGCAAAUCUCAAAGGACUCAACAGCAGCCAAUUCAGGCACCUGUUUGUAAAGGACAUGUCAAAAAAAUAAUCUCUCAGAAAAGAAGAGGGGAGGAAAGGUAAAUAUUAGAAACAGUGUGUAAACAGGAAUUCCCAGCGUGCUUCUUGUCUUGGUUGUACUCAAGGAAAGAAUUAGAUCCGUGCUAUAAAGGUAAUUUGGGUAGUGUCCCAGAACAAAAAUAGCAUCUUGUUUUGCUUCUCAGGGGUCUGUAAUAAAAAGAUCAAAGUGGGUUUGUA